AUGGGCUUCCCGCGGAAACUCGAAAUGGGAUUCUCCGUCGGCCCACCGCCCAGCGCUUGGCGCGAUCCCUCUACUUUACACGGGGGUCCCUUGGGUGGUCACGUUACCCCAUCUUCUGGAGGCGAAGACGUCACCACUCUCGGCGGUCCGGGUGGUGUAGUUACCGGACCCGGAGGUAUACCACGGGAGCUUCAGCAAAGCUCAACGCCCGGAUCGCAGGCGAAUAGCUCCCAAAGUGGAGGUUCGGCUAAUGGAGCAGGCGGUCAAGAUAAGACGCAAAAUAUUGAGUGCGUCGUAUGCGGAGACAAAAGUUCGGGGAAACAUUAUGGACAAUUUACUUGUGAAGGAUGCAAGUCAUUUUUCAAACGUUCAGUACGAAGGAAUUUAACAUACUCGUGUAGGGGGAACAGAAAUUGUCCAAUAGAUCAACAUCACAGGAAUCAGUGUCAAUAUUGUCGACUGAAAAAAUGUUUGAAAAUGGGCAUGCGACGAGAAGCUGUUCAACGUGGCCGAGUACCUCCUUCGCAACCUCCAGGUCUGCCAGGUCUACACAGUCAAUUUGCUUUGACCAACGGCGACCCAUCAGCGCCAGGUCUCAAUGGACACUCGUACCUCUCAUCUUACAUAUCAUUGCUGCUCCGAGCCGAACCUUAUCCCACGUCGAGGUACGGGCAAUGCAUGCAGCCCAACAAUAUUAUGGGAAUCGACAAUAUUUGCGAGUUGGCCGCCCGAUUAUUAUUCUCCGCCGUAGAAUGGGCGAGGAAUAUACCUUUCUUCCCCGAUCUCCAAGUGACGGAUCAAGUAGCUCUGCUUCGCCUGGUCUGGAGCGAACUGUUUGUACUGAAUGCAUCUCAGUGUUCAAUGCCGUUGCAUGUAGCUCCUUUGUUAGCUGCUGCUGGUCUUCAUGCGUCACCGAUGGCCGCUGAUAGGGUGGUCGCAUUCAUGGACCACAUCCGCAUUUUCCAGGAACAAGUGGAGAAGCUGAAAGCUCUGCAUGUUGAUUCUGCGGAGUACAGCUGUCUGAAGGCGAUUGUGCUGUUCACGACAGAUGCUUGUGGUUUAUCCGAUGUGACACACAUCGAAAGUCUUCAAGAGAAAUCUCAAUGCGCCCUAGAAGAAUACUGCAGGACGCAGUAUCCGAACCAGCCUACCCGGUUUGGAAAACUGCUCUUGAGGCUACCUUCCCUUCGGACAGUGUCCAGCCAAGUCAUAGAACAAUUAUUCUUCGUCCGACUGGUCGGUAAAACACCAAUAGAGACCUUAAUUAGAGACAUGCUUCUAUCUGGGAGCAGUUUCUCCUGGCCUUAUAUGUCGACCAUGUGACACACGGUAUGGAGACAACUCUCAGGCGCCUGAUGUCCGGACAACGGCGUGUACAUAACUGAAUUGCCCUAAAAUUUAGCAAGGCGGAGCGUGUAAGCUAGGUAGAAUUAUUUAUGAUGCAGAUGGAUGAAAUGAAGUUCAGUGAUUGAUAGACUAUUUGUAUAUAUUUGUAAUUUUAAAACUUUUGUACCAGUGAAAACUAUUGUUAUGAAACUAUGUGCAUCAUUUUUAUUGCAACAAAAUUUGGUAGAAAUUGUGUAGAUAAUGCAGCUUUACUUAUAAAAAAUAAUUU